CCUCUUGAGGCGAACUCCCUCGUCUUCCUGGUCACGUGCCGCGCCUGCGUCCUAAACUCGGCCUUUUUUCGCAGCAUUACGGGUUGCGGACGUUUCGUUAGGUGGCCCUCGGCCUAAAACAAAACGGGAUACAACCGGCAAUCAUGGGUUUUGUCAAAGUUGUCAAGAAUAAGGCCUACUUUAAGAGGUACCAAGUCAAGUUCCGAAGAAGGAGAGAGGGAAAGACUGAUUACUAUGCUCGUAAGCGCUUGGUGAUUCAAGAUAAAAACAAGUACAACACUCCUAAAUACAGGAUGAUUGUACGUGUCACUAACAGAGAUAUCAUUUGCCAGAUUGCAUAUGCCAGAAUUGAAGGCGACAUGAUUGUCUGUGCUGCAUACGCUCACGAGCUGCCAAAGUAUGGUGUGAAAGUAGGCUUGACCAACUAUGCUGCUGCUUAUUGCACGGGCUUGCUGAUGGCCCGCAGGCUUUUGAAUAAAUUUGGUCUCGAUAAGAUCUAUGAAGGCCAAGUUGAAGUGACUGGUGAUGAAUACAAUGUGGAAAGUGUGGAUGGACAGCCUGGUGCCUUUACUUGUUAUCUGGAUGCUGGUCUCGCUCGGACGACUACGGGGAACAAAGUCUUUGGUGCUCUGAAAGGAGCUGUGGAUGGUGGUCUUUCCAUUCCACACAGUACCAAGCGUUUCCCUGGUUAUGACUCAGAGAGCAAAGAAUUCAAUGCAGAAGUCCACCGCAAGCAUAUCAUGGGCCAAAACGUUGCAGAUUACAUGCGAUACCUGAUGGAAGAAGACGAAGAUGCUUAUAAAAAACAGUUCUCUCAGUAUAUCAAGAACAAUGUAACACCUGACAUGAUGGAAGAAAUGUAUAGAAAAGCGCAUGCUGCAAUACGUGAAAACCCUGCCCAUGAAAAGAAACCUAAGAGAGAAGUUAAAAAGAAGAGGUGGAACCGUCCUAAAUUGUCUCUUGCUCAGAAGAAAGAUCGUGUGGCUCAAAAGAAAGCUAGCUUCCUUCGGGCCCAGGAACGUGUGGCUGAUAGUUAGGAUGCCUUCCAUAAUUUUCUGUGAAGAUUUUGGAAUACAAAAUAAACUUAUUGAAUCAA